AUGGAGACUAAGGAAGGCUUUGAAAAGAAGUUUAAGCUGAGCCCUGAAAAGAGAAAAAGAGAUGUGGGGAAGGAGAACGUGUUGCAGAAACCCGAGAGCGUGAGACUCCCCAUCCCUCAGGUGGAGGGGAAGAAGGAUGGCGGCCAUGACGGUGAGACCCAGGCCCUGACUGCCUCUCAGCGGGAGGCGCCGAGCCCCCACCUGCAGGAAAGCCCCCUGGAGGACUUUGGUGCCGGGAGGGAGGAGGGGGCUGCCGAGUCCACUCUCACCCCGAAAGGCGCUAGGGCCUUGGCAGCCUUGGCCCUGCGCAGCUCGUACCGCCGUCUGGAUCGGGCGGUGGCCGAAUUAGUGCAGUUAGUGCUGGUGAAGGACAAGAGUCCCGUCACCCGCUCCGAGAUGGUGAAAUACGUUAGAGACUUGAAGGAUCUGUUCUCCCAGAUCAUCGCAAGGGCCGCAGAGCAUCUUCUGUAUGUCUUUUGUUCCGAGCUGAAACAGCAUAGCCACAAGCACCACACUUACAUCCUGAUCAACAAACUAAAACCUCUUGAGAAGCAGGAGAAUCUGGGAGAAGAUGGCCCCAGCUUGGGUCUCUUAAUAAUGAUCUUGGGCCUUAUCUACAUGAAAGGUAAUAGCGCCAGGGAGGCACAGGUCCGGGAGAUGCUGCGUCGGUUGGGGGUGCGUCCCUCAGAGUAUCACUUCCUCUUUGGGUACCCGAAGAGGCUUAUUAUGGAAGAUUUCGUGCAGCAGUGAUACCUCAGUUACAGGCGGGUGCCACACACCAAUCCACCCGAAUGUAAAUAUUCUUGGGGUCGAAGCAACCUGGGAACCAGUAAGAUGAAAACCUAGGGUUUCGUGGCCAAGCUCCAAGAGCCCUAGCCCUGGCCUGUGCAGGACCGUGAGGCUCUGUCAGACAAGGCCGACAGGGCCAGAGCCAAGGCCAGGGUUGAGGCCAGUAUAAGGGCCAGGGCCAGUGCUAGGGCCGGCAUCCGCCCCUUGUGAGGGCCGGUGGAAAGGUAGCCAGGAGGGUCCCCCUGGGUAUGGAAACUGCUGUCUUUUGAGUCAUAAGUAGUAUAAGUGGGGGUAGGGGUCGUAUUUCUGGAGAAGUAUUUAUGUAACUAGGAUUUAGGUUUUGUAUCUUGCUACAUUUUGUUAUAUUUAACAUACUGUUACAUCGAUAUUUAUAAAUGAGAUUGGUCUACUUUUUCCUAUAGGAUUUCAUUGUAGAGUUUUGUAAAAUGGAUUGGAAAACUUUACAUUUUAUUCUGUGGUCUUGAACAAAUUAUAUAACAUUGUAAUGCUGGACUUGAUUGAAGGAACUCAGCAGCAUGAUGGUCUGAUAUCAGGGGGAGAAAAUAGCUGAUUGGUGUCUAGCUUCACAACCCUUUUUGUAUAUUGUAUAAAGAAAAAAGAAUGACAUGUACCUCUAUUUGCUUAGCUAUUAUAGUAUCUGGAGAAGAAUUAAGAUGCAGUACAUGAGAAGUGUACCCUGGUAUACUUAAUAAACUAAACCUGUUGAGCAUC